AUGUCGAAAGGCAAGGCCCAAGUCGAUAUCGAGAGACGCUCUAUUAUCGAAGAGAACCCGAACAAGGAAGGGACUGCGCAUCAAAAUGCUCUAGGACCUGUUCCGAAGAGGAGCUUGAAGCAGUUCUUAUCGCCAUUGGACUCUGCAUAUGCUGCUGCUGUGAACGCGGACGCAGAGACGGUGGAAUUUACGCCCGAAGAAGACUACAAAGUAAAGAGGAAGAUCGAUAACAGGGUAUUACCUUUGGUGAUAUGUAGUUAUGUUUUCAAUCAAUUCGAUCGCACGAAUAUCGGAAAUGCCCAUGUUCUUGACGAGUUUAAUGACAAUUUUGGUAUCACGACCAACGCAAAAUGGACGCUAGCACUUAGUAUAUUCUACGUGGGCUACUGUCUCCUUGAGAUGCCUGCGAAUGUCUUCCAACGCCACAUCGGAGCUAAUAGAUUUUUCUUCUUGUCCUUGACAUGGUGGGGGAUCGCGUCUCUGUCGUUCAUUUACGCCAAAGGAUACGGAGGUUUAAUGGUACUAAGGGUUCUUCUCGGAAUCGGAGAAGCGGGAUAUUACGCUGGCAUGAUCUACUAUCUGUCAUUUUGGUACAGACGGCAUGAACUCGCCAUGCGUAUUAGCCUCUGUAUGACUGGAACCUUUCCCGGUGCUAUCGGGGGUCUCAUAGCAUUUGGCCUCGUCCGAGCGCAUACUUCUGUGCUAAAAGGAUGGCAAUUCCUCUUUCUUAUUGAAGCUAUUCCCACAAUCAUCAUGGCUUCCAUGAUUUUGUUCUUCCUCCCUUCUUUCCCUUUCUCGUCAACAUUCUUGACAGCCCGGGAGCGAGCCAUUGCCCAAGCUCGUUUGAAUCGCGAUCACAAACCUCAAUCUCAUGGCGGUAUGACUGGAUGGCAAGGCUUCAAGAAUGUGAUCUUGGAUGUCAAUUCCUGGUUAUUCAUGUUGAUUUAUGCUAGCUUCAAUGUCGGAGUUGCUACUAUUUCGUACUUCCUGCCCACGUUAAUUAAAGGCCUCGGCUUUUCUUCCAUCAAUGCUCAAGGGAUGACCGUCGCUCCCUACCUUGUUGGCUGGUUCAUGGUAUUCUUCCAAGCAUGGCAUAGUGAUCGUACACGGGACCGAGGCUGGCACAUCAUGCUGUCAUGCGCCAUAUCUUUAAUUGGCUACAUCAUCCUCGCGACUUCUGUGCAAAAGAGCAUUGGGGCAGCGUAUUUCGCUCUGUUCCUUGUCGUAGGUGGGAAUUACAGCUUGUUCCCUCUUGUCAUGAGUUGGGCCGCUAAUGCCUUCUCUCCAACAUCCAAGAGAGGUGUCGGGACAGCUUUUAUAGUGUCAAUCUCAAACUGCGUGUCAAUUGCUUCACCUCAAAUUUAUUUCGACGAUGACGAUAACUACCGAAAAGGCCAUGCCAUAUCAGCCGCCUGUCUGUUCGUGUCCUUCAUGACAGCGUUCAUUCUACGUACCCGUCUUUCGACGCUGAACAAGAGGAAUGCGAAGAAAUUACAGGAAACGUCGGCGGAGGAGAAGGUACUAGAAGACGGUCCGGCAGGAGAGAUUCCGGAUACUGAUCCUCGAUAUGUCUUCAUGACUUGAAGAGUACGCAAAGGGUCAAUGGAUGUUCUUAUGUACUGCAGUAAACUCGAUGCAAAAAAUUAUACGGCCGUCCGAUAACCUUUUUCCGACGAGACCUCCACGAGGUUCAACAGUUAUACGUAGACCAUCAAUUCCCUUAUUUCUAAACCCCCAG